AUGGAAAUUAACGAGGAGUCCCAUGGUACAAUGAGUACAUGUACCAUGGAGGAGUCCUGUAAAAUAGAAAUAGAAAAUGAGGCAGAUAAUGUUUUUCUAGAUAUCUUUAAAACUGAGUAUGUGGAAAAAUCUAAAUUAGAAAGUAAAAAUGAUACAUAUGAUUGUUUAGAAUUUACUGACAAUCCUGCAAAAAUUCAAAUAGGACAAAAUGACGAUAAAAUACAAUAUAAGUGUGAUUAUAUUGAUCAAAAAAUGGAAGUUAACGAGGACUCCUGUAAAAUAGAAAUAGAAAAUAAUGAGGUGGGUGAUGUUUUUCUAGAUAACUUUAAAACUGAGUUUGUAAAAGAAUCCACAGGAGAAGUUAAAAAUAAUACAUACGAUUGCUCAGAAUUUACUGACCGUCCUGCAAAACCUCAAAUAGGACAAGAUGAAGGUACAGUUAUGCCAUGUGAAGAAAUACAACUAAAUAAAAAAAGUUAUCUUCAAAAUGAGAAUAGAAUGGAGACUAUAAAGUCAUCACCUGACCAGUCAUGCUAUGAAGAAUGUGUGAGUCGACAACCUGAAGAAACAACAUUAAACAAAUCUCAGAUUGGACAAGAACUUUACAACUGUGAUAUUUGUUUUAAGCAAUUCACUGAAGCGCGUUUUUUACAAAUACAUUUGCGAACACACACUGGAAAAAAAGCUAAUGAGUGUAAAAUUUGCCGCAAGCAGUUUUUUCAGCAAAGUAAUUUAAAAAAUCAUAUGAAAAUACACACUGGGGAAAAACCUUACAUGUGCGAAAUUUGUUUUAAGCACUUUACUGCAGCAGAUCAUUUAAAAAGGCAUGUUAGAACGCAUACUGGGGAAAAACCUUAUAAGUGUAAAAUUUGUUUUAAGCAGUUUUCUGAGGAAAGUAAUUUGAAAAAGCAUUUGAGAAUACAUACUGGGGAAAAGCCUUACGCGUGUGAUAUUUGUUUUAAGCGCUUUACUGUAGCAGAUCAUUUAAAAAAGCAUUUGAGAGUGCAUACUGGGGAAAAGUGUGAAAUUAGUCCCUUGCAGUCUCCUCUUAAAGGUCAUUUGCAAACUCAUGUAAAAAUACACACUGGAGAAAAACCUUAUAAGUGUGAAAUUUGUUUCAAGCAGUUUUCUCAGCAAAGCAGUUUGAAAACGCACUUAAGAAUACACACUGGAGAAAAACCUUAUAGGUGUGAAAUUUGUUUUAAGCGAUUUACUGUAGCAGAUAAUUUGAAAAAGCAUUUGAGAGUGCAUACUGGGGAAAAACCUCAUAAGUGUAAAAUUUGUCUUAAGCAGUUUUCCGAGGAAAGUAAUUUGAAAAAGCAUUUGAGAAUACAUACUGGGGAAAAACUUUAUAAGUGUGAAAUGUGUCCCUUGCAGUUUUCUCUUAAAAGCCAUUUGAAAACGCACUUAAAAAUACACACUGGGGAAAAACCUUAUAAGUGUGAAAUUUGCCUUAAGCAAUUUUCUGAGGAAAGUAAUUUGAAAAAGCAUUUGAGAAUACAUACUGGGGAAAAACUUUAUAAGUGUGUAAUUUGUCCCUUGCAGUUUUCUCUUAAAAGUAAUUUGCAAACUCAUGAAAAAAUACACACUGGAGAAAAGCCUUAUCGGUGUGACAUUUGUUUUUAAGCGGUUUAUUAUAGCAAAUAGUUUGAAAAGGCAUUUAAGAAUGCAUACUGGGGAAAAACCUUAUAAGUGUAAAAUUUGUUUUAAGCAGUUUUCUCAGCAAAGCAAUUUGAAAACCCACUUAAAAAUACACACUGGAGAAAAACCUUAUAGGUGUGAAAUUUGUUUUAAGCGCUUUACUGCAGCAGAUAGUUUGAAAAAGCAUUUGAGAUUGCAUACUGGGGAAAAACCUUAUAAGUGUAAAAUUUGUCUUAAGCAGUUUUCUGAGGAAAGUAAUUUGAAAAGGCAUUUGAGAAUACACACUGGGGAAAAACUUUAUAAGUGCGAAAUUUGUUUCUUGCAGUUUUCCCUUAAAAGUAAUUUGCAAACUCAUGUAAAAAUACACGCUGGAGAAAAACCUUACAAGUGUGAAAUUUGUUUCAAGCAGUUUUCUCAGCAAGGAAGUUUGAAAACGCACUUAAAAAUACACUCUGGGGAAAAACCUUAUAGGUGUGAAAUUUGUUUGAAGCGAUUUACUGUAGCAGAUAGUUUGAAAAAGCAUUUGAGAAUUCAUACUGGAGAAAAACCUUACAAGUGUGAAAUUUGUUUCAAGCAGUUUUCUCAGCUAGGCAGUUUAAAAACGCACUUAAAAAUACACACUGGAGAAAAACCUUACCAAGUCUGA